AUGUAUCAGAUUCCGGACAGAGUUGGAAAUGUUGCUUAUAGAGUGGCUUUACCGCCUAAUCUUUCAAAUUUGCGUGAUGUGUUGCAUGUGUCGCAACUCCGGAAGUAUAUUUCAGAUCCAUCUCAUGUGAUUCAUAUGGAUGACGUGCAAGUACAUGAUAAUCUUACAGUAGAGAGGAUGCCUAUAAGGAUCAUGGAUCGUGAAAUAAAGACUCUAAGAGGCAAGGAGACUGCAUUGGUGAAAGUAGUUUGGUUAGGAGAUGCUGGAGAAAGCAUGACAUGGGAGUUGGAGAGCAAGAUGCAGGAAUCCUAUUCCUAG